GUGCUACAACUUUCCAUGGCCACCAACCACUGCACAGGCAAUUUACGUUUGUUGACUUUAUCAAAAGGUAACAUAGACUCUUCCAUCUAUCACGUCUUCCUUAACCUUUAUUUCCCUUAUAAUUCCCCCAUAUCCCCUUCAUCAAUCAUCUUGAGCUAUUAGUGAGUGACUCUUAGCAAUUAGAAAGAAAAAAGGAAACAAGUUUUCCUUACUACAAUUUCCACAUAAACAACCACUACAUUUUUUUAUGCUUCUUUUCUCACAACAGUGUUCCAUUGCACUGGAAUGAAUCUUCCUCACAGCACUUGAUAAUCACAAUCUUUGUUCCCAUCUCCAAUCUCAAUGCCACCUAGAAAAUCCAAUCAAGAGCAUCACUUAAUUUUCAGAAUAUCCAUAUGCUAAAAUCCACUAGGAUCAGCAUGAGAUCUUAGGUUCAAACUCGUUCUUCUACAACAACAACAACAAAAAAAAAAACAAGAAUACCCAUCUGCUAAAAUGCGCAGCAUUAAUGGAAACUUGAAGUACUCAUCAUAUUAUCCUCAAUCUCCCAACGACGUUAACAUGAGCAGCAGCAACAAUAAAGAAGCAACAACGGCAUCAUCUCUCAGCAGAAUCAGUCCACUCAUUCUACUAGUCAUAAUAGUUCUAGCAGUUAUCUUCUUCGUCUACGGGCUCGUCCAUUUGAUUCUAUGGUUUUUCAUGAAAAGACCAUUAUCACCUUCAUCUCUCUACAACUCCAACAGGUUCCACGAAUACUCCACGCGCUCCCGUGUUCUUCUCCAAAGGCAGCUUCAGCAACUCUUCCGCUUGCACGAUUCGGGUCUCGACCAAGCCGUCAUAGACGCUUUACCCGUUUUCUGUUACCAGGACUUGUUGGGGUCGAAGGAACCGUUCGAUUGUGCCGUGUGUUUGUGCGAGUUCUCCGAGGACGACAAGCUGAGGUUGCUUCCUAUGUGCACGCACGCCUUCCACAUGAACUGUCUUGACACGUGGCUUCUCUCCAAUUCCACGUGUCCUCUUUGCAGGGCGUCUCUUUCCGAGUACAUGGAGAAUCAGAAUCCAAUGUUUAAUGUUGGCAAUUCCAGUUCUUUGGUUUUGCCAAAUAGAUUCAGGGUUGAAGAAGAGAAUAAUGGGUGUUCAGAUAGUCAAAGGGUGUUUUCUGUGAGGCUUGGAAAAUUCAGAAAUGGAGAGGUGGGAGGGGACGGUGGUUGUAGUUUGAGUGAGAGGAGAUGCUACUCUAUGGGUUCGUAUCGGUAUGUGGUUCGUGAUUUGAAUUUGCAAGUCGUGUUAUCUCAUUCUCAAUCUCAAGAUGAUGAUGAUGAUGUUUUGGAAAAUGGGAAUGUGGAGGGGAAGAGGAUAGGGGACUCAACCAAAGGUGAGAGCUUCUCUGUUUCCAAGAUAUGGCUUUGGUCCAAGAAGACCAGAUUUCAUGGUUCUAAUGCACCUUUCCCUUGAUUAAUUCAAUUCUUGCUGUAAGAAUUGCUUAACAAUCAAGUGUGUGUUUGGUUAAGCGGUGCGAUUGUUUCUCAUUGUUCAAUUAUUCACCGUGAAUUUGAGAGCUAAAAUUCACUGUGAUUGGUAUCCAAACAUACUGAGAAGGUGGAAACAUGUGAGGAAGCUAGAUUUUCCAUCAAGAAUUGCAUGGCAAUAAUAGUGUGCUUUUUUAAAAAAAAUUCAUAUACCAUUAAUAUAUACAGGUUUAUGUUAGAUGUCUAGAUGAUACUAGGGCUCCUUUUUGUCUCUCACCACUUAGCACUCGAAUUACAUUGAUCUAGGUUGAAAAGAAUGGUUCCAGCGUUUUAAACUGGAUCAUUGAUAUGAGAAAGAAGUAUUGUUACAAAUUCCAUGAGUAAAAUUGUCCAAUAUUACAUUUUGCCAAUAAAAAAAGUCCUAUAAUGAUGUUCUAAAAUUUGCAUGCUGGAGGUGUAGUGUUACUCUUCAACAAGUUGUGGCCAAAUGCUAAAACAUU